AUGUUAACUGGCAAGGCUGGUAUCGCCUGUUACUGUGGCAAACCAGUGCUCAUAUUCCAGAGAGGUGUAUACCUGAAAACAGAGGUGAACACAUCAGCAGUUUCACCAACCACACCGACUCCAAGACCUCAGAACACCACCUCUGCUCAGGUGAUAGCUAACACCACAACACCCGCAGACAACAGCACAGGAGUUGAGGGGCAGGUCCGCCUGGCCGAUGGAGGAAACAGCUCCUGCUCCGGUAGAGUGGAGAUCUUCCUCCGAGGACAGUGGGGGACGGUGUGUGACGAUGACUGGGGCCUGGUUGAUGCUCAGGUGGUGUGCAGACAGCUGGGCUGCGGCAGGGCCGUGUCAGCACCACAAGGUGCACGUUUUGGACAGGGCAGAGGGCCCAUCUGGCUGGAUGAUGUCACGUGCACAGGCAGCGAAUCAAAGCUCACCCAGUGCAGGCACCGUGGGUUUGGAUCUCACAAUUGCGGUCACCAUGAGGAUGCUGGUGUCGUGUGUGAAGUUCAACCAGGAUCCAACAGCACAGUUUCACCAACCACACCGACUCCAAGACCUCAGAACACCACCUCUGCUCAGGUGAUAGCUAACACCACAACACCCGCAGACAACAGCACAGGAGUUGAGGGGCAGGUCCGCCUGGCCGAUGGAGGAAACAGCUCCUGCUCCGGUAGAGUGGAGAUCUUCCUCCGAGGACAGUGGGGGACGGUGUGUGACGAUGACUGGGGCCUGGUUGAUGCUCAGGUGGUGUGCAGACAGCUGGGCUGCGGCAGGGCCGUGUCAGCACCACAAGGUGCACGUUUUGGACAGGGCAGAGGGCCCAUCUGGCUGGAUGAUGUCACGUGCACAGGCAGCGAAUCAAAGCUCACCCAGUGCAGGCACCGUGGGUUUGGAUCUCACAAUUGCGGUCACCAUGAGGAUGCUGGUGUCGUGUGUGAAGUUCAACCAGGAUCCAACAGCACAGUUUCACCAACCACACCGACUCCAAGACCUCAGAACACCACCACUGCUCAGGUGAUAGCUAACACCACAACACCCGCAGACAACAGCACAGGAGUUGAGGGGCAGGUCCGCCUGGCCGAUGGAGGAAACAGCUCCUGCUCCGGUAGAGUGGAGAUCUUCCUCCGAGGACAGUGGGGGACGGUGUGUGACGAUGACUGGGGCCUGGUUGAUGCUCAGGUGGUGUGCAGACAGCUGGGCUGCGGCAGGGCCGUGUCAGCACCACAAGGUGCACGUUUUGGACAGGGCAGAGGGCCCAUCUGGCUGGAUGAUGUCACGUGCACAGGCAGCGAAUCAAAGCUCACCCAGUGCAGGCACCGUGGGUUUGGAUCUCACAAUUGCGGUCACCAUGAGGAUGCUGGUGUCGUGUGUGAAGUUCAACCAGGAUCCAACAGCACAGUUUCACCAACCACACCGACUCCAAGACCUCAGAACACCACCACUGCUCAGGUGAUAGCUAACACCACAACACCCGCAGACAACAGCACAGGAGUUGAGGGGCAGGUCCGCCUGGCCGAUGGAGGAAACAGCUCCUGCUCCGGUAGAGUGGAGAUCUUCCUCCGAGGACAGUGGGGGACGGUGUGUGACGAUGACUGGGGCCUGGUUGAUGCUCAGGUGGUGUGCAGACAGCUGGGCUGCGGCAGGGCCGUGUCAGCACCACAAGGUGCACGUUUUGGACAGGGCAGAGGGCCCAUCUGGCUGGAUGAUGUCACGUGCACAGGCAGCGAAUCAAAGCUCACCCAGUGCAGGCACCGUGGGUUUGGAUCUCACAAUUGCGGUCACCAUGAGGAUGCUGGUGUCGUGUGUGAAGUUCAACCAGGAUCCAACAGCACAGUUUCACCAACCACACCGACUCCAAGACCUCAGAACACCACCACUGCUCAGGUGAUAGCUAACACCACAACACCCGCAGACAACAGCACAGGAGUUGAGGGGCAGGUCCGCCUGGCCGAUGGAGGAAACAGCUCCUGCUCCGGUAGAGUGGAGAUCUUCCUCCGAGGACAGUGGGGGACGGUGUGUGACGAUGACUGGGGCCUGGUUGAUGCUCAGGUGGUGUGCAGACAGCUGGGCUGCGGCAGGGCCGUGUCAGCACCACAAGGUGCACGUUUUGGACAGGGCAGAGGGCCCAUCUGGCUGGAUGAUGUCACGUGCACAGGCAGCGAAUCAAAGCUCACCCAGUGCAGGCACCGUGGGUUUGGAUCUCACAAUUGCGGUCACCAUGAGGAUGCUGGUGUCGUGUGUGAAGUUCAACCAGGAUCCAACAGCACAGUUUCACCAACCACACCGACUCCAAGACCUCAGAACACCACCACUGCUCAGGUGAUAGCUAACACCACAACACCCGCAGACAACAGCACAGGAGUUGAGGGGCAGGUCCGCCUGGCCGAUGGAGGAAACAGCUCCUGCUCCGGUAGAGUGGAGAUCUUCCUCCGAGGACAGUGGGGGACGGUGUGUGACGAUGACUGGGGCCUGGUUGAUGCUCAGGUGGUGUGCAGACAGCUGGGCUGCGGCAGGGCCGUGUCAGCACCACAAGGUGCACGUUUUGGACAGGGCAGAGGGCCCAUCUGGCUGGAUGAUGUCACGUGCACAGGCAGCGAAUCAAAGCUCACCCAGUGCAGGCACCGUGGGUUUGGAUCUCACAAUUGCGGUCACCAUGAGGAUGCUGGUGUCGUGUGUGAAGUUCAACCAGGAUCCAACAGCACAGUUUCACCAACCACACCGACUCCAAGACCUCAGAACACCACCACUGCUCAGGUGAUAGCUAACACCACAACACCCGCAGACAACAGCACAGGAGUUGAGGGGCAGGUCCGCCUGGCCGAUGGAGGAAACAGCUCCUGCUCCGGUAGAGUGGAGAUCUUCCUCCGAGGACAGUGGGGGACGGUGUGUGACGAUGACUGGGGCCUGGUUGAUGCUCAGGUGGUGUGCAGACAGCUGGGCUGCGGCAGGGCCGUGUCAGCACCACAAGGUGCACGUUUUGGACAGGGCAGAGGGCCCAUCUGGCUGGAUGAUGUCACGUGCACAGGCAGCGAAUCAAAGCUCACCCAGUGCAGGCACCGUGGGUUUGGAUCUCACAAUUGCGGUCACCAUGAGGAUGCUGGUGUCGUGUGUGAAGUUCAACCAGGAUCCAACAGCACAGUUUCACCAACCACACCGACUCCAAGACCUCAGAACACCACCACUGCUCAGGUGAUAGCUAACACCACAACACCCGCAGACAACAGCACAGGAGUUGAGGGGCAGGUCCGCCUGGCCGAUGGAGGAAACAGCUCCUGCUCCGGUAGAGUGGAGAUCUUCCUCCGAGGACAGUGGGGGACGGUGUGUGACGAUGACUGGGGCCUGGUUGAUGCUCAGGUGGUGUGCAGACAGCUGGGCUGCGGCAGGGCCGUGUCAGCACCACAAGGUGCACGUUUUGGACAGGGCAGAGGGCCCAUCUGGCUGGAUGAUGUCACGUGCACAGGCAGCGAAUCAAAGCUCACCCAGUGCAGGCACCGUGGGUUUGGAUCUCACAAUUGCGGUCACCAUGAGGAUGCUGGUGUCGUGUGUGAAGUUCAACCAGGAUCCAACAGCACAGUUUCACCAACCACACCGACUCCAAGACCUCAGAACACCACCACUGCUCAGGUGAUAGCUAACACCACAACACCCGCAGACAACAGCACAGGAGUUGAGGGGCAGGUCCGCCUGGCCGAUGGAGGAAACAGCUCCUGCUCCGGUAGAGUGGAGAUCUUCCUCCGAGGACAGUGGGGGACGGUGUGUGACGAUGACUGGGGCCUGGUUGAUGCUCAGGUGGUGUGCAGACAGCUGGGCUGCGGCAGGGCCGUGUCAGCACCACAAGGUGCACGUUUUGGACAGGGCAGAGGGCCCAUCUGGCUGGAUGAUGUCACGUGCACAGGCAGCGAAUCAAAGCUCACCCAGUGCAGGCACCGUGGGUUUGGAUCUCACAAUUGCGGUCACCAUGAGGAUGCUGGUGUCGUGUGUGAAGUUCAACCAGGAUCCAACAGCACAGUUUCACCAACCACACCGACUCCAAGACCUCAGAACACCACCACUGCUCAGGUGAUAGCUAACACCACAACACCCGCAGACAACAGCACAGGAGUUGAGGGGCAGGUCCGCCUGGCCGAUGGAGGAAACAGCUCCUGCUCCGGUAGAGUGGAGAUCUUCCUCCGAGGACAGUGGGGGACGGUGUGUGACGAUGACUGGGGCCUGGUUGAUGCUCAGGUGGUGUGCAGACAGCUGGGCUGCGGCAGGGCCGUGUCAGCACCACAAGGUGCACGUUUUGGACAGGGCAGAGGGCCCAUCUGGCUGGAUGAUGUCACGUGCACAGGCAGCGAAUCAAAGCUCACCCAGUGCAGGCACCGUGGGUUUGGAUCUCACAAUUGCGGUCACCAUGAGGAUGCUGGUGUCGUGUGUGAAGUUCAACCAGGAUCCAACAGCACAGUUUCACCAACCACACCGACUCCAAGACCUCAGAACACCACCACUGCUCAGGUGAUAGCUAACACCACAACACCCGCAGACAACAGCACAGGAGUUGAGGGGCAGGUCCGCCUGGCCGAUGGAGGAAACAGCUCCUGCUCCGGUAGAGUGGAGAUCUUCCUCCGAGGACAGUGGGGGACGGUGUGUGACGAUGACUGGGGCCUGGUUGAUGCUCAGGUGGUGUGCAGACAGCUGGGCUGCGGCAGGGCCGUGUCAGCACCACAAGGUGCACGUUUUGGACAGGGCAGAGGGCCCAUCUGGCUGGAUGAUGUCACGUGCACAGGCAGCGAAUCAAAGCUCACCCAGUGCAGGCACCGUGGGUUUGGAUCUCACAAUUGCGGUCACCAUGAGGAUGCUGGUGUCGUGUGUGAAGUUCAACCAGGAUCCAACAGCACAGUUUCACCAACCACACCGACUCCAAACCUCAGAACACCACCACUGCUCAGAGUGGAGAUCUUCCUCCGAGGACAGUGGGGGACGGUGUGUGACGAUGACUGGGGCCUGGUUGAUGCUCAGGUGGUGUGCAGACAGCUGGGCUGCGGCAGGGCCGUGUCAGCACCACAAGGUGCACGUUUUGGACAGGGCAGAGGGCCCAUCUGGCUGGAUGAUGUCACGUGGAAAUGA